UUAAAUCCUACUUAUCAGUUAUCUAUUCAACACUUGUUUGUUUAUGUUUUGCAAAACUUAGAAUUUAUAUAUACUACUUACGAAAACUAUUGAAAAAUGAGUCGCCGUAAACGUGCAAAGGUAGAAAAUCGCGAAUUAGAUGAAAAAUUGAAACAAGAUGACUCGGAAUCUGAUCAAUCAGAAAGGAGUAAAAUUACAUCGUCAAGUCCUAUUGUACUUAGCGGUCGACGAGAGUCAUCUUCGAGCCAUACAACUGACGUUAAGGAAUCCAAGAAGGAGGAGCCACCGGCAUUUGAAGACAACAAAGCGGAAGAUAUUGAAGAGAUUAAUUACAAAGAGAUGUUAAAUAGUUUAGAAGGAGCAGCAUUUCAGUCACGCCUGCCUUUUGAUAAAAUGUCUUCUUUGGAGGCAGAAUGUUUCUCAGAUCUUCAAGGACCUUCUAGUCAUGCUUUUAUUCAAAUAAGAAAUCGCAUACUCAAGUUAUGGUUUGAGGAUCCAAAGAAACAACUUACUCAAGAAUUUUCUGUACAAAAAAUAGAGCCUCCUUAUAAUGGGGAUCCUGCUUUAGUUAUGAGAUGUCAUGCAUUUUUAGAGAGACAUGGAUUUAUUAACUAUGGAAUUUAUGAACGCAUAACACCUAUACCAAAUCCACCUAAAGGAAAACAGAGACCGAAAGUGAUAAUUAUUGGAGCAGGUGUAUCAGGUCUAGCUGCAGCUCGACAACUAAUGUCAUUUGGAUGUGAGGUUGUUAUUUUAGAGGGUAGAGAUAGGGUUGGUGGAAGAGUUGUCACAUAUCGAAAGGGACCCUAUGUAGCAGAUUUAGGAGCUAUGGUGGUAACAGGAUUAGGAGGAAAUCCGGUAACCACACUAUCUGUGCAGAUGAAUAUGGAAUUGCAUAAGAUCAAACAGAAGUGUCCACUAUAUGAAGCUACUGGCAAUCAAGUACCUAAACACAAAGAUGAAAUGGUGGAACGUGAAUUUAACCGUCUUCUUGAUGCUACGUCUUAUCUAUCCCACCAAGUUGACUUCAAUUAUUAUAAUGAUACUCCCGUCUCUUUGGGUCAGGCAUUAGAAUGGGUAAUCAAACUUCAACAGAAGAAUGUUAAACAUAAACAGAUACAACACCUAAAAGCUGUGAUAACUUUACAAGAAAAACUUAAAACAAAUAUAAAUAAGAUGACUGAUGUUCAGGAGCUAUUGAAAUCAAUGAAGGUUGAAAAAGAUGCUCUUCUAGUAGAGAGGGAGAAGGGUGCGACAGGAGAUGCAAGCAUCUUGCAAGAGUUUAAUUUACGUCGCCUGAACAGAGAAAUGAAUCAGUUAUGCAAUGAAUAUGACUCGUUAAUUGCUCAAAAUGCCAGUAUUGAGGAUAAAUUGACGCAAUUGGAAUCCAAUCCGCCAAGUUCCGUAUACUUAUCGGUUCGCGAUAGACAAAUUCUUGACUGGCAUUUCGCCAAUUUGGAGUUUGCCAAUGCUACGCCGCUUGGAAAUCUUUCGCUGAAGCACUGGGACCAAGACGACGAUUUCGAGUUUACUGGAAACCAUUUAACAGUACGGAAUGGUUACUCGUGCGUACCUGUAGCACUCUCGGAGGGACUGGAUAUUAAAUUGGGAACAGCUGUUACGGAUAUACAGUACGGAGGACCAGGAGUCACGGUGAAAGCUGUCAACCCCCGAGCACCGAAUCAGCCUCAGGUUUUCAAAGGUGAUGUAGUAUUGUGCACUCUACCUUUAGGUGUACUGAAAGUGGCAGUGGCGAAUAAUGGCCAAAACCAGCAAAACUUUGUGAAGUUUGAUCCACCGUUGCCCGAUUGGAAGGUGGCCGCUAUAAAACGUUUGGGUUACGGAAACUUGAACAAAGUCGUAUUAUGUUUUGAGCGUACCUUUUGGGAUCCAAGCGCUAAUCUCUUCGGACAUGUUGGAACUACAACAGCUAGUAGAGGAGAGCUGUUUCUGUUCUGGACCAUGUACAGUGCGCCUGUACUUCUGACGCUGGUAGCAGGCGAAGCAGCAGCUGUUAUGGAGAAUGUCACUGAUGACGUAAUCGUGGGUAGAUGUAUUGCAGUACUGAAGAGUAUUUUUGGUCAUGCUGCUGUCCCACAACCCAAAGAAUGUGUGGUGACCAGAUGGCGUGCAGAUCCUUUCGCACGCGGUUCAUACAGUUUCGUCGCCGUGGGAUCAUCUGGGACUGACUACGAUCUGUUGGCAGCUCCGAUUGCUGGCGCCCCUGGGGAGAAUAGGCUUUUCUUUGCAGGCGAACAUACAAUGCGUAACUAUCCAGCUACAGUUCACGGGGCAUUCCUUUCCGGUUUGAGAGAAGCAGGACGUCUCGCAGACAUGCUGUUGCCUCAACCACCGAUAACGAAUGCAAGUGUAGCAGCGGCAACGGCCGCAGCACUUCAUUCUUAAAGUUUGACUUUAAAUAAAGUCCUUUUUUUUAUUAUAAUAAUUUCUAUGUGAUGAAAUACUUUUAAGUUGUAAUUGUUUAGUAUUAAUUAGUUUGAUUGAAUAGUUUAAUUGGACGCAUGUACUAUUAUUGAGAAUUCCAUACAUAGAUAAAAUGACCCUGACUUCCGUAAAAAAAUAAAUAGUACAAAGGUUUACUGAAUUAUUUUGUGACGUGUUUAAUUUGUUACUUUAAUUAUACGACAUUGGAUAAUAACGUUACAAGUAACACCAGAAAAGUUUACAUUUUGUUUGAGUAAUUUGUGAACACCUGCAAUUUGCAAAUAGUGUCAAAAUAAUGGUUUUAAAUUAAAAACCAAUUUGCAAAGUAACCUAUAAAUCUUUAUGGUAUGUAUUGAACAUGUUAUAAUCAAAUGAUCAGUUAGUCUAAUUUAAAAAACUAUAUAAAAAUUAUUGCAUUUUGUUAUUUUGAAUUUCAUGCAUUUUUAAUUAACCUAUUACUUAUGCAAUAGGCAUUAUUAUAUUUCAGACAUUUGAUGGUAAUAACUUUACUGACAUUUUAAUUUUAUUAAGUUAGCAUACUGUGUCUGUAUUGAAGUAAUUGAUGAACAAAGAUAGUCGUGAUAUUAGAUGUAGCAUAAUCAAACAGUGUAACAAGCGUAAAUAUAUAAAUUCCAUAAGAAAUUAGUACCAUUGAAAUUACUUUGCCAUAACACAUUACGGUUACUUUGUGGUACGAGACGUGAGCUUAAAAUACCAGUUCGGGUUGUUUCUUUGUAAUUAAUGCAUUAGCACGUAAUUCUACGUACUUGUGGCAUUAAAAUUAAAGGUCCCUUAAAAUGUAAUUACAGUCUUCCGUUAAGUGCGCUUUGUGAAAGAGAUAACUUGGACGUAAAAGAGAAAGAGAAAUCGAAUUUUAGUUAAUCUCUCCACAUUUAGAAUUUAGUUAGAACCCAUGAAUAUUAAAUCUGAUUUUUAGAAUUCUUAAGGAGCACUCCAUAAAUUACAUCACUUGUUGGGUGUGGGUGGAGGGGGAAGGGUCGACACAGUGUCUUAUUGUAUUGGAAAGGAGUUGGAGGAGUCUUAAGUCUCAAUUUUAAUGUUUAAACACUAAAUUUUAACUAUUAUAAUAUGUCCCGUAUGUGACUAGUAGGGUUGAGGGGAGCGGGGUUUAAAAUGACUGAAAUUGAUGUGUGUAAUUUAUGGAUGGCCCUUAAUAAUACUGUAAACAAUGAUUUAAAGCUAUUUUAAAUAUUAUUUUAAGUCAUACGUAUAUAUUAGUCAAUUAGAGCAACUAAAUAAAUACGUCAAAAAUAUAGAGGAAUUAACUCAGCAAUCAAUGACAUCAACUUUACAAUGGAUUUAAUGGAAUAAAAAUGAAAUAAAAUGUUAUUUCUUCAAUGGGACUAUUGGUGGUUUAUGAGUAAACCCAGCAGUCACAUCGUGAAACUACACGAUUAUUCUUUUUAUUAUUUUAUUAUUUGCCGUCGCUACAGCACGGCUGUUUAUAUUAAAAUACAGACUAUGAGAUAUAGUAAAUGUUUAUAGUAAGUAAUAAUAUUGGCUGUUAUAACUGACUGUGGUUAAUCAUGUCAAAAAUAAAUUAAAUUGACACAUAAUAUCAUAGAACAAUAGUGCUUUACAAUUUUUUCACGGUUUUUAUAAAUACAAAACAUUAUGUAAAUGGGAUAUUUCUAUAAUCUUACUAUUGGAACUGCAUCGAAAUAUCGGGAGGUCAUGAUAUGAUCUGUAAAUGUCCCGUUUAUAUAAUGUAUACACGAAUUACAGAAGUAGUCUUAGGUAUAAGAUUAUUUGUAAUACUUAUGUUCUAGAAUAAGAUCUUAUUGUUUAAUUCUUUGUUUUGCAUCCCAUGUUUUUCUUUUAUGUAAGCUGUAGUGUGUGAGAAAUAUUAAUUUUGAAUAAAUAAU